CGUUUGUGUUCAGGAAAUUAUCCGAUUACCGAUCAUAGUUUUGACCAAAUAUGGUCAAAAGGUGAAAGAGUCCGAAAAACGUCAAGCUUUGAAACGUUUGUUGGACUCGACCUCCUUCGCUUUUGCAGCUGCUAUGUCCUGGCUACGAGGAAUAACAUCUGCGGUAUUGAGCAGCACUGCAAAAGGAGGUUUUUCUCCAAGACCUAAGUUGCCGUUUCGAAUGCUCUCCGACGUCCGUCACCCACCCGCUAUGCUCGACAGACCCAAAAACCAGACCCACGACCGCGUGUGGGCAAAAGCUAUUGAGGAAACUAUAGAACGGACGGCAGGAACAGCUCAAAGAGCUCACACACCCACUCCGGAUGAAUUAUGGGCCCAACGGAGUCAGAGUGCAACUUUCAACCCUCCAGCUGAUACAUAUACGGGGAGAAGAGUGUUUGUGACUGGAGACUUGGGUGAAGCCUUUAGGAGGUUGCAAACGCGUCUCAGACGGAAUCGUGUAACUCAGGAGGUGUCGCGGCAAAGACGACAUGAAAAGAAGGGCGUAAAGCGGAGACGUCUGAGCAGUGAAAGGUGGAGAAGGAUGUUUGCCAACGAGGUGCGGAAGAAAGUGCAGCUAGUUAGCACUAUCCGUCGUCGCGGAGCCUACUAAACCUUACAGCAUCAUAUUGUCCCUGCAACCAGUGUCCCCGGUGGGUUCAUGUAUUUCUCUGGUGAAUACAUUCCCCGCGGGACGCUGGUGUGCACAAUUACAUACCUGCGCAACCUGUUUUUAGUAUUAUAAUGAUUCUUUUAAGAAACGAGGCGAAAACCGACAUUCGGUGCGUGGCGAUUUAUGAAGUGCCAAAUUCUCGCAUUUUUCUCGCCCUGAAUUUUCUUGGUCUGGAACCUCGAUCUCGUUUUGCUCACUCCUCCAUCAAGCGUACAACUAAUCUGGGAACAGGUCUAAUCAUUCCGAUAGAUAAUUCUAGUGACGAACCUCCUGUACUAGUUCUUUCCAGCUCCUCCAUCUACUCGCCGGGGAUGCCUUCUUGUCCGAUAAUCCCGCUGGACACGAGGCCGCCCCUUCCGACCUCAUGGCUGCCACGC